AUGAACGAUACCCUGGUCGCGAGCACCUACUCCGGCGACCGAUUCGAGCUGCCGUUCAAGCCGCCCUCGGUCCACUACAGCGACGACUCGUACUCGACGCACUCCUUUGAGCAGUACUCGGUCUCGUCCAGCAGGAAAGGGGACCCCGAUGCCGUCCGGGCCGAGGGCAGCGGCGCCGAUGCAACUGCUUCCUUUCCCGAAGCGGCCCAAGAUGGCUCCCGAUACCAAGACGAUGCUGGAUACGACGGUGGCAAUGAAGAGUCGCAGUCCCAGCACGGGUCCGAGCCGACGCAGUUGCAAAUGCCCAGCGAUGCGCUUGCAUCCUAUCUGGACCCGCCGCUCGACCUUGGCAACGAGCCGAGCAUCGAGUAUAUGGGUGGGUACUAUGCCACCAACGACGACGAGGCCUAUCAAAACGAGGUCCAGGAAGCAGCCCAGCGACACGAGUCGUACUACUCGCUCAACUCGGACUAUUCCUUUCACACGCCCGAGCCGGAGGAAUCCGACUCGGAAGAGCUCAAUUACAUCAGCUCGCUGCCAUCGGACCCCAACGACUCCAAAUCCAUCUCUGGUACGGGGUCGUGGCGACAGAACGGGUAUAUCGACCGACUGCCGUCGGAUCUGAAUCUGCUCCACGACCUUGCCGACACCUUCAGUGACCGGGGCAACGACAAUGACACCUACAACGACAACGACGACGACGACGGCGACAAUAACAACAACGGCGACAACGACAACAACAGCGACUAUGACUAUGAAAACGAUUACGACAAUGGCGAGGAUAACAACUAUUAUCGGGAAGAGUCGGUUGAAUCCUGCCAGAGUCUUGGGCAGGAGGUGCGCCAGUAUCUCAAAAAGUGGAUCGAUGACAACAUCCGCUAUCUCGAGAGCAAGGCCGAGGAGCCCGUCUAUGCCGAGUCGAUCGCGAGUGCAGAAAGCCCGGCACUGACGGAGCCCUCGUCCAAGGGCACUCUUGUUGAAUCCAGCACCGAAUACGAGCUGUCGCCUUCGCCCAAGGAGCGCCGCCCGCUGACAGCCCAGGAGAUCCUGAGCCAGUACCCGAACCCCAAGCCGGCGCGGCCCGGGCAGAUCCAUCGGUCGUCCAGGAAGAAAUUUAACCCCAUUGUGAAGCUCUCUGGGAUUGAGUUUGAGCGCCAGCCGCAAGUCGAGACGCUGACUGGCAAGUUGAUCGAAGAGCAACGCCUGGAGAUGGACCAACUCAACAAACUACUCUUUCUGCGCCUGACAAACCCAUGGUCGGCAAUCAAGAACAGCGACCUGCUCCGAGCUCGAAUGAGCAAGUACACCCAUCCACGGCCCAAGAGCGCACCGGCCAAAGAAACCCCCGAGCGAUGGGCGCCGUCGAUCCCAAAGAGACCCGUGGUUCCAAAGGAGGUCUUUUAUGCCCGCCCAAUCCCCGGACCCAAACCGAUCGCCAGCACCAAGAUCAGCUACAUAGCUCCAGGCUCAAGUUGCCGCACCAAAGGACCCGACCCCGAGCGCAUCCGCGAGCUCUCGCGGCCGCACGUUUAUCACACCUGCGCCGACCAGAAGCCCCCGCCAAAAAAGUUUGACCGCAAUGCCAAGCUCCGGCCCAUCGAUGCAGUCGUCUUUGAGCGGCUGACUAGGCCCAAGCGCAACAUGGCUGCCGAGGUGCAGCAGCCUGUCCAGAAGGUGCCUGCACGCCCCCCAAGACGGGCAUGGUCGGCAAAGAAGACAGAAUCCGCCAAACCACCAGAGUCGUCGUCGGUCAAGGUUCUUGAGACACCGGAACCAAAGCCCCUGGCCGUGCGGAAGAGUCUAGAGAAGACCUCGGCGGGCGAUGCACCGAUUUCCGGGCCCAAGGGUGGAUCCGGACGGAACAGCGGGCAGCGCCGAUCCAGCUCCGGAGCUCCAGGACAUGGACGGGGAUCAACGCACAGCAAAGAGCAUCUCACAGGCGAUGGAGGCCGCCCGAGCUCGACGCAGCCCCGGGACAAGACCCAGGCGCACUCUCGCUCUCGGCUGUCGUCCCAGGCGGAUUUGCUCGCCCGGGGUAUAGCAACGGCACUUCCUGACUCGAGCCUGAGCCUUGCCUUGGCUGGCCAUGCGCUGAGCCAGGACCGCAUCGGUCCACCAAGGUCGCUGCGGGACUCGCAGAUCCUGGAGUGGGCUGCGUCCAUACGAUUGCCGCCGUCGACGCUGGCUUCACACGACCGACUCGAUGCAGGGGGCUCUCGGGCCCAUCUGGUUUCGGCUCUGAACGAGCGCCUGGACCGCACGCCCAGCUUGACCCCGGCCGAGCUGCUGCGAUAUGCGAUUGCGCUGCCGCUGCCGACCUCGAUCAGGUCCAGCCUCCAGAACCUGGCGCACGAGCCCGGCGUGCUCUCGCAAAUGACGGCACCCGAGUUUGUCGAGUUUGUGGCCCGACUGCCGAACCUUCCGCCGUCGAUAGGCGUCAGCCAGCACUCGCUGUCGCCGCCCGAAAGUGGAGCCGGGUUGUCGUCGACGCAGGCGUCUCGCCGUGUGAGCGGAUCCCAGCAUGCCAUCGAUUCGGCUCCGCCUGGCCAACAGCAACAGCAUCAGCAACAGACGGAUGCCUCUCCCCUUCAACCGCAGCAGCCGUAUCUGUUCCCGAGGGAGACCAAGGCCAUGCGGGACUUGACGAUCAUGUCGAACUCGGAGCUGCUGGACUAUGCGGCCACCCUGACGCUGCCGACCUCGGGCCGAGACAGCAUCCGGGACAGCCUUGCGAGCCUCGAGAGGCUACACCGUGGCCGAGCUGGGCCAUCUGCAACAGAGCUGGGUGCCGAGUUGGCUGUCCAAGACGACGAUGGUGCGGCAAUCGACUACAAAGAACAGCAGGCGAACCAGGAGCCGACGGGAUCUGCAGGCGCUUUCCAGGCACGGGGCGAUGUGUAUCAUGGAGGUGGUCUGGGGCUUCAAGACUCUCACGACCAUGGCGGUCAGCGGUCUUACGACCAUAUCGAGCCGCAUGGCGACCCCCAAGAGCAACAAGAUAGACAUGCAAGCCCAGGAACUCGGAUUAACGAGCCAACAGGGCCGGCUGACAUUGAUCUCUCCAAGCAGCCCUCUCAUUCCGACCACGGACAGCCACUGAGUCAAAGUCUUCUGGACAAGCCGGCGGUCCACACCACGCUCGACGGCAGCAUGAGCAAUCUGGUCAGCAAAUCUGCAUCCCAGCUCCACAACGGCGACGACACGUUCCAGCCCAAGAUCAGCGAGUCGCUCGAGCGGAUAGGGGCCAUGCUGGGGAUCACCUCGGCCGAGGACACAUAUCUGGAUAACUACUGAGGCCCUGGUGGGCUGGAGCAUGCCCUGAGGCAGGGGAACAGCCAGCACCACUGACGAGGAUGGUCGGGCAUAUCGAUAGAGUCGACGGAGCACUGAGAGAAACGAGCCAUGUAUUUGCCGGCCCGCCCCAGAUGCAAACCUACAGCCAAGUUGAUAUUGCAGACAGAGACGAAGGACCGCCCAAGAAAACGGGAGAAGGACGCUCGAACCAAUAUAUCCACGAUGACCUACAUCGCCGGGGCGACAUACGGAGGCAGAUUGUAUGGAUGGGGGUCGGUGGAGAGGCACAGAAGCAAGAAAUCGCGACGGUCGUUCGAGAAUGU